AUGAAGUGCGACCGACUCUCAUUGCUGGUGAUUGGUCUACUGGUGGCUCCGGCUGCCUGGGCCCGAGUUCCCUAUCCGGAGGUGGAGCUUCCUCCAAUUGUCCAGGAGGAUGAGAUCUUCGAGCGGAUCGUUAUGGCUCCCCAGCCCGUGGGUCGUGCAGGAGCCUGCAGUGUGACUAUUCGCGGAGGUCUGCCCAGUCCCCAGCCCGUCUACCUGAAGACCGAUUCCGAGGACUUCUAUCCCUUCUCCGACGUUGGUGUGAUGGAAUUCGCGUCGGGUGGCUCCUUGCAGCUGUGGUGUCCUUCUGGUUUCAACACCCACUCCGAGAACCUGAUUACCGCCAGUUGUGUGAGUGGAUCGACCUUCAGCGUGGGCGGAUCUCAGUUUGAGUUCAAGGAUCUGUACUGCAAAUCCUGGCCGGGAUUCAAGGCGAUUAAAUCGGGAGCCACGUGCAAUGGUGGUGUUGUGAUUCGCGUGGGAUUCGAGAUUACUUCCUCGAGAUUUGCCGAGCAAAUGCGGAUUUGCUUUAACGAGGAGGAGGAGGUGACCCGCUACACUCGUCACACGCUGGAACCAGGCAGCAACUACUAUGAGACGGGUGUGGCCAGGAUUACCUUCCAAACGGCUGGCUAUUUCAAUGGCAAGAAUGUGGACAAGCUGUACACGCAGGCCACUCAGCUGGAGACGAUCAACAACGAUUUGGGCGGCGAUGCGGACAAGUACUUCGAUAGUGCCAGCAAUGUUUACCUGGCCCGUGGUCAUCUGGGAGCCAAGGCUGACUUUGACUAUGCCCCCGAGCAGAGGGCCACCUUCCUGUUCAUCAAUGCUGCUCCCCAGUGGCAGACCUUCAAUGCCGGCAAUUGGGCACGAGUUGAGGAUGGCCUAAGGGCUUGGGUGUCCAAGAACAAGCUGAAUGUGAACUGCUAUACUGGUGUGUAUGGUGUGACCACGCUGCCCAACAAGCAGGGUGUGGAGACGCCACUGUAUCUGGCCAAGGAUGGCAACAACAACGGCCUCAUCCCAGUGCCCAAGCUCUACUUCCGCGUGGUCAUCGAGCCCACAUCCCACAAGGGCAUCGUCUUCGUGGGCGUCAACAAUCCGCAUUUGAGCGUGGAGCAGAUCAAGCGGGACUACAUCAUCUGCACGGAUGUCAGCGAUCAGGUGACCUACAUCAACUGGAAGACCACAGACAUCAAGGCUGGCUGGUCGUAUGCCUGUGAGGUGGCCGAUUUCCUCAAGACCGUCAAGCAUUUGCCCGCUCUGACCGCCAAGGGAGGUCUCCUCGUCUAAAUGGUGAUCAAAUAAAGCCGCCAACUGUUCAGAAUUGUA